AAAAAAAAAGAAAAUGCGCUCAUCUCUUUUAUUCUUUAUGCUCUCGGUCACUGUUUCCGCGCAACCACCCCCGGUCAGGCCCGAUGCUCCCAUCCAACCCGAACUUGGUGGGCGAUGCUGCGCCAAGGAGGGGGUGGCAGACCCUACAUUAACCUGCCAAAAGAUGGGUUUAAACUCGUUUUGUUGCACCGGCCGGAGAUCUUUUAUUUCAAGGGGGUGCGACGGUGGGACAGGAAACGAAGCGGUUGGGCGCCAUGUUCAAGGCUUUCCACCUCAAAACGGCGCUUGUGGUUUUACUGCGUUUAUUGGAUGCGCAUAAAUGAAUCAUUUCAUUCC